UGGAAAUGAUUCCAAUCAAGUUUUCUUAGUACAGCUUAGAAAGUAAGAACGCAUCUCAACAGUAGGCGUCUGCCUUUCUUUUCGAGGAUUAACUCGCUAGACUUCAAUUCGUUAACAUGCGUGGAGGUGAACACAUCUAAAAAAAAAAAACUAAAAACAGAGAACAACGUACAAUUUCAAAAAAAUCGAAGAACAGGGUCAAAAUUCCAAAUUCGUAGUGAUACCAAAGUUGAAGUAGUUUUUCUGUGAGUUCGCUGCGAUGGACAACCAAAAAGACGAGGACAAGAGAGCAGGUGACGGUGGCGAGCCAACACCACUGGAGGCCACGAGCCCGAGACCCACGCCGUCUCUUGGCCAGGCCACCUGGAAGCAGGUGCAGCAGGAGAUCGACUUCAAGGUGGCCGAGGCCAUGAAGGACUUCUACAGCAUUCACUCGAAGGCGCUGCUCCGCGUGGAGCGCAUCAUCGAGAGGGACCUGCUGCCCAAGCUGGAGAGCAAAGCGAGCGGGAACCUCAGGGAGAUUGCGGAUCUGGUGCGGCGCCUGCUGCUGCGUGUGGAGAACCUGCGGCCGGUCUUCAGGCUCCAGCUGGACGAGGGAACGGAAAAGCAGGCGGUGGUCGACAAGCUGCUCCAUGCGACGAACGGCUUGCCGGAGGCGAGACCAUCUCCAAACGCAGAUGAAAAGCCGCAGACGCAGGGCACUACGACCACUGCCACCGACGUCAUCUUCAGGAAUCCGCGCUGGAAGAAGCAGCGCAGGGAUGGCGGCGCCCCGGUCGCCAAGGCCGAGGAGAGACGCCUCUACAAGGAGCGCGAGCGCGCCCAGUUCGAGGUCAACCUGGUGCUGCUGAAGAAGUCGCUCUUCUCCCUGCAACUCAACCGCAACAAUCGCUACUGGCCGCGGUCCCACUGGCCGGCCAGGGACCACAGAGGUCCCAUCCAUCGGCCAGUCGACCCGGCUGCGUUGUACGGCUGACCUACUGGAAGGAAACCGAGAGCUUUUCCCUCCAAUGUCGCACCCGUUUAAGAGCAGGUCGAUUGGCAGACGAGCUAUGGUUAAUGCUUCGUUUUCUUGUAGUUCACCUCAGCACACAAAAUACAAAAGGUUGGGAGGAA